UUUGAACACUUCAAUGUCGUGUUUAUGAGGGUUUCAGGGAACCUGCAAUGGUAGCCGCUCAUGUCUUGUCCGUAAUAGUUGUGACAGUGUCAUUAACAUGAUGUCUCCCCAUGCGCAAAUAGUUCCGACUUUAAGUCGUCCACAUCCGUCGGGACAUUUCCUGCACCUGUUGAUCGACGGCUUGUUUCAGUCAACGCUUCGGGGGUUGUUGUAGAGCAAGAUUUAGCAGCCUUCUUCUCGGCAAUCAGCCCCCCUGCAGAUCUCGUGGUGGUAGCAGCAGCAGCAGCAGCCAUCUGAUCUGUGUUGGUCCUUGUGGUAGCUAGCCAUGGUGGUUCAUCGAUCAAGCAGCAUGUUGUCUGCUCUCUUUUGCUUGUGUAUCGUUGUACCUUCGGCAACCUGCCUCUCCUUCAAUCUCUCUUUUCUUGAUCCCGCAAGUCGCUCCGGAAUCGAGCUGCAAGGCAAUGCAACCUGGAACAGCACCGAUGGCAUUCAGCUCACCAACGACACCAUCAUCUACAACGUGGGGAGAGCGGUGUACCGAGAGCCGCUGCUCCUGUGGGAUGCCCGCACCAAGGCGUUGUCCGAUUUCACCACCCAUUUUUCCUUCAUCAUCCGUAACUCUUCGAAUACUUCAUCGUCCGGCGAUGGCCUCGCGUUCUUCAUGGCGCCGUAUCCUUCUCCCCUCCUCCUCGAUUCCUCCGGUGGCCCUCUCGGCAUCUUCAAAAGAGGCUCCUUGAAUUCUACUGUCCCGACGGUGGCGGUCGAGUUCGACACCUACCAAAACGAAUGGGAUGUGGACGACCACCACGUUGGGAUCGAUGUCAACUCGAUCGUCUCACAGAAGGUUGCGAGCUGGAACGGCAGUCUCAAGACUGGGAUGCAGGCGAAUGCAUGGGUGAGCUACGACGCCAUCACUCGUAAUCUGAGCGUCUUCCUCACUUAUGCCGACAACCCUGUUUUCGCUGGUGAUUCCGUCCUCCACACCGUCAUCGAUCUGCGGGAUCACCUACCGGCAAACGUUACAGUAGGCUUCUCGGCGGCCACUGGUCAGGUGACCGAGACGCAUGCCGUUCUAUCGUGGUCUUUCAGCUCGAGUCUGCAACCAAGAAGCAUUCCGCCGCCGACGGCUCCGACGGCAUCGGAUGCAGCGAAAAGUAAGAGCAAGACGGGGCUCAUAGUCGGUUUGGUGAUCGGAGCAGGGGCUCUGAUGGUCAUGCCGGGCUUGCUGUUGUUCGUUCUGUGGAGGAGGAGGAGGAAGUCCCGCCGCAGGAAUGCAGCAGAUCGUGAAGAGGACAUGGAUUUCGAUCAAACCACGGAUGAUGAUUUCACGGGAAACAGAGGGCCAAAGAGGUUCGCGUACAAAGAGCUGGCCCGUGCAACGAGGAACUUCUCCGACGAGGGUAAGCUAGGGGAGGGAGGAUUCGGGUCGGUCUACAGAGGUCACUUGAAAGAUCUGAAGCUUGAUGUGGCCAUUAAGAGGGUCUCUCGGGAGUCGCGACAGGGAAGGAAGGAGUACGUCUCCGAGGUCAAGAUCAUAAGCCGGCUGAGGCACCGGAACCUGGUGCUCAACGGCGACUUCGACGAGACGCAGAUGGAGUGCUUGAUGGUGGUAGGGUUAUGGUGUGCUCAUCCGGAUUACAACGUGCGGCCAUCGAUCCGACAGGCCAUCAACGCGCUAAAUCUCGAGACUCCACUGCCGGAGCUUCCCCCCAAGAUGCCGGUUCCCAUGUACUACACGCCGUGGAGUGAUGUGAGCCAGUCUCUGCAUGCGUCGUCUCUCGCCACGACAACUUCGAUUACUGCGAAGUCGGCACCGACGGGCUCCUCCAGCAUGUCUCCGAGUUCGUCUUACUUGCUGAAGUCGCCCAACACUGAGGCCGUGAUUUCCACAUGACUAUGUGGAUCGAGCAGUUUCUCUGUUUCGGUAGUGCAGUUUGUCGAGCGUCGUAAUAAUGAAGAUAACAGUGGGAAUUGCAGCGUAUGCAAUACCGUAAUGUUGGUGUUUACUUCAUUCUUAAGUUCUCAUGAUUUAUGUUGCAA